AUGGCCGACCAGCUGGAAGUGGGACUCAACAAGGAAGAACUGAUGGAGGGGUUGGAACAAGGGGAAAAAGCGCAUCCCAGAUCCAUCCACUUGGCAAACUCAGUCACAAGAGAAAUGGCCACACAGGUUAAGGACGAGCCAGGGGAAGGGCUACCCCGAACUCAGGUACCCCGGUGGCAGGGAUCCCCAGAGACAAAGCAGGCCUUUCCCUCCAACCGGACCAAGCCACGGCUGUCGGAGCCCCCCACGUUGCGGGAGGACCUCAAGGCCUUUUGGGAUGACUUGGAGGAUGUGGAAGAAGCUUGCUGGUGGGGAAGCCCCAGAGAAGCCAAGAAGACUUAUGGCAACCUCGGUGACUGGGGGACUUAUGGGAAAACGAAGGCAGCCAUCUUGAGGGGGGAAGCCAGCUGCCGGGAGUGGCAGCGCCAACGUUUUCGGCACUUCUGCUACAAGGAAGCCGAGGGGCCCCGGGAGGCUUGUGGCCAGCUUCGAGAUUUCUGCCACCGGUGGCUGAAGCCGGAGAGACACACCAAGGAGCAGAUCCUGGAGCUGCUGGUCCUGGAGCAGUUCCUGGCCGUCCUGCCCCUGGGGAUGCAGAGCUGGGUCCGGGAGGCGGGGCCGGAGAGUUGCACCCAGGCAGUGGCUCUGGCCGAGGAGUUCCUCCAGAAACAGGGGAAGGACCAGAGUCACGAAGACAAGGUCCUGGGUCCGGUUGAAGAAGCACCUUGUAAUGUCCCCGAGACUGGGCACGUUCUCUUUGAUUCCCAGCAGACACAACUUAGCAAAGCUGAGCAAGGAGACAGUGAGGAAUCUUGUGAAAAUGAGAUUUCUCCUGUGGGAAACCAAAAGCAAGCUGAAGCUUGCCAGACAGUGCCUGGAAGAGUGAAAAGCAUCUCCUGGCAUCUGGGACAAAGGUCCUGGAGGAAGGGAAGGCGUGGGAGCAAUGCAGUUCAAAAGGCUAACAUCUCUGUUUGGCAAGGUGGUGGAUUCACCAGUGACAUGCAACCAAGGUCCAUGUUGGAGAAUCCGGAGUCCUGCAGGAGGGAUGAGAAUACGUUUGGCAACAGUUCGGAUGUCUUAACAGAUACCAGAGGCAAAUGCUGUAAGUUCUUAGACUCUACGGCCAGUUCCAGUCAGAGCAUGCUCUUCCCUAACCUUCAGCAGAUCCUCAAGGGUGAGAAGUCCUGCGGUUGUCUGAGCUGUGGGAAAAGUUUCCAUCACAGUUUAAGCCCAGCUGAGCAUGGAGACGAGCCUUCUCAAUGUUCAGAUUGCGGGAAACACGUCGACGAGGACCCGGUCCUUACGAAGCCUGGAAGAUUUGAACCAGGAGAAAAGCUUUACGCGUGUUUAACCUGUGGAGAAAGCUUUACCCUGUACUCCAGCCUGAUGAAGCAUGAGAGGAUCCACACCGGGGAGGAAUGGUGUCCUCCCGUGGAGAGCGGGAGUCCAAGCGGCAGUCCUUCCAACUUGGAGCAGCAAGCCUCAGGGGGAGAGAAGCUGUACCAGUGCCCAACGUGUGGGAAGAGCUUCAGUAAGAGCUCAGCCUUUCAGUUCCACACGCACAUCCAUACUGGGGAGAGGCCCUACACGUGUGCCAGUUGUGGGAAGAGCUUCAGCCAGAGAUCCAAUCUUAUCCUGCAUGAGAAAACUCACACGGGAGUAAAGCCCUUCCGAUGCUCAGACUGUGGGAAGAGCUUCCUUCGAAGCUCGGAUCUGGUGAGGCACGAGAUCACCCACACCGGGGAGAAGCCCUACACCUGCUCUGAAUGCGGCCGGUCCUUCAGCCACAACUCGACCCUGAUCGCUCACGAGAGGACCCACACGGGGGAGAAGCCCUACCAGUGCUCGGCCUGCGGGAGGAGCUUCCGACACCACUCGGGCCUCAUCAAGCACGAGAGGACCCACACCGGGGAGCGGCCGUAUGCGUGUCCGGCCUGUGGGAAGGGCUUCAGUCAGAGCUCCGGGCUUACGCUCCACUUGAGGACUCACACGGGGGAGAAGCCCUACCAAUGUUCCGAGUGCGGGAAAAGGUUCCAUCAGAUCUCCCAUCUCAAUCGGCACUUGAGGAUCCACACGGGGGAGAAGCCGUACAAGUGCCUGGAUUGUGGGAAAAGCUUCACGCAGGGGUCCUGUCUGCUGGGCCACCAGCGGAUCCACACAGGGGAGAAAGCCUACUCAUGUUCAUACUGCGACAAGAGCUUCAUCUGGAGCUCUGGCUUGCACCAACACGAAAAGAUCCAUCUGGGAGAGAAGCCGUAUAAGUGCCUGGAGUGCGGGAAGGGCUUCCACCGCAGCUCGGCCCUCACCGACCACCUGAGAUCCCACACGGGAGAGAAACCCUACACCUGCUGCGACUGCGGGAAAGGCUUCAGCCAGCAUUCCAACCUCAUCGUGCACCGGAGGGUCCACACAGGGGAGAAACCCUACCCCUGCUCCAUCUGCGGGAAGAGCUUCACCCGGACAGCGCUGCUGAUGGCGCAUCUCCGGAUCCACACGGGGGAGAAGCCGUACAAGUGCCUGGUCUGCGAGAGAAGCUUUCGGGAGAGACCCGCCCUUACCAAACACAAGAAAAUCCACGUGCGGGAAAACCCAUAUGGAGGGCAGUGCCAUGGUCCCUUGCUCUCCCCUGGCCUUACUGGCUGCUGUACCACCAAAGAGGAACAAGAACCAGUUGCUUGUGGACAAAUGGAUGAAAAUGAGGAAGCUGUUGACUUGAAAAGUCCUGAGCUCCUGGAACCAUGUCAUUCAUUGCUGGAAACAGCCCCGGACAUUUCGGAUUUCCACAAAGUGGAAGGAAUCUGUGGGAUCCAACAUAGAUCGGAGGGUCUGCCAAGUAUUAUCCCUGGGUUGGAAGAAGGCGGUCCCAUCGAAGGGACGUCUUACAUAUGCUCCGAUUGCGGGAAGAGCUUCUGCAGCAUCUCCAGUCUCAUCAGCCAUCAGAAACGAAACCACUCGGGAGAGAAGCCGUACAAGUGCUCGGACUGUGGGAGGAGCUUUCACCAGAGCUCGGACCUCGUGAAACACGAGAGGAUCCACACAGGAGAGAAGCCCUAUAAGUGCACGGUGUGCGAGAAGCGUUUCAACCAGCGCUCCUACCUGAUCGUUCACGAGCGGUUCCACACGGCGGAGAAGCCGUACAAGUGCUUUCUCUGCGGGAAAAGCUUCUGCUCGAAUGCCCAUCUCAUGACCCAUCAAAGGACCCACACUGGGGAAAGGCCGUAUCAGUGUCCCGAGUGCGGGAAGCGUUUCACGACCAGCUCGAACUUUGUGAACCACAAAAAGACCCACACAGAAGAAAAACCGUACAACUGCUCCCUCUGCGAGAAGAGCUUCAAGCGCAGCUCGAACCUGAUCCAGCACGAGAGAACCCACACGGGCGAGAAGCCGUACACUUGUCUGACUUGCGGGGAGAGCUUUGCCUCCAAUUCGGGGCUCGUGAAGCACCAGAGGAGCCACACGGGGGAGAGGCCUUACAAGUGCUCAUACUGCGGGAAGAGCUUCAGCCAGAGCAUGAUCCUCACCCAGCACGAGAGGACUCACACGGGGGAGAAACCCUGCAAAUGCCCGGCCUGUGGGAAGAGCUUUCGCUCCAGCUCAGAUCUCGUGAAACACAAAAGAAUCCACACGGGCGAGAAGCCUUACAAAUGCUCCCUGUGUGGGAAAAGCUUCACCACCAGCUCCGACGUGGUGAAGCAUGAGCGGACCCACACGGGCGAGAAGCCCUAUAAGUGUGGCACCUGCGGGAAGAGUUUCAGCCAGAGCGCGCACCUGAUGCAGCACCAGAGGAUCCACACGGGGGAGAAGCCCUAUUCCUGCCUGGUUUGCGGCAGGUGUUUUACCUGCAGUGCGCACCUGGUGGUCCAUAAACGGACCCACAAAGAUGGGGAGGUCCUUAAAGCAUAACCCUAGGCGUCCUCUCAGGCUGGCGAGUGGGGACGUCUUUACUCACAAGUCUGUUGUGUGGGUGAGCGUCAGAGAUCCCACCUAGAGGAAAAACUAAACAAGUUUUCUCUGCUGCCACAAAGAAGCCAGGUCUCUCUAAAACCUAACUAGAAUCCAGAGUAGAGGAGAGUAGAAGAAAUAAAUAACAUUAGAAACUGAUCUGUUCUUAUUAUGCAUGGGGAACAAAACAAAAACAAAAAAAAAUUGAGCUAGGAGAGAAGCCAUAACUGUUCCCACUCCAGUCCAGAUGGGGGUCUGGAGCGUGCUCGGCAAAGUUGGUCAACUCGAGAUGAAUUUAACUAGAUUACUCUCGCCAAACCCAAACUUUAUUGUGAUUUUCAUGAAUUAUUACGUGUGGUUCCUUUGUAAUAAAUAGAUGGCUGUUG